AUGACGACGCCGAGCCGCGAGAGUCUCGGCGUCGUCCUGAACGACCUCCCGCCGGUCGUGCACGCGUUCGCGUACGGAUCCGCGGUGUUCCCUCAGCCCGCGUCGUCCGGAUCCGUCGUCGACUACGUCCUCGCCGUGGACGCCCCGGACGAGUGGCACGCGGCGAACAUGGCCGCGAACCCGUCGCACUACGCCGCGCACCUCCGUCUCCUCGGGGCGAGAUCCCCGGGCUGGAUCGCCGAUCGCGUCGGCGUCGGCGUGCACUACAACACGCUCCUGCCGUGGCCGUGCACUACAACGCGCCCGCACGACGGCGCGCGGUUGUACAAGUACGGCGUCGUGAGCGUCGAGGCGCUGACGCGCGACCUGACGCGGUGGAGCGACCUGUUCGUCGCGGGGCGAAUGCAAAAGCCGACGACGACGCUGACGACGACGACGGCGGCUUUUGCGGCGGACGCGUCGCUGCGCGCGGCGUCGGAGGCGAACCUGCGAGCCGCGCUCGCGGCGGCGCUGCUGAUGCUCCCGGAGACGUUCAGCACGCGCGAGCUGCACGAGACGCUGUGCGGGCUGUCGUACGAGGGCGACGUGCGGACGGCGUUCGGCGCGGAGGACGUCGGGAAAAUUCCGCGCGUCGCCGCGGGGAGCCGAGCCGGGCUCCGGGAGAUGUACGCGGACGCCAUCGCGCGCUUUCGAUCGAACCCCGCGAUCGGGUUGACCGCGGUGGGAACCAGCGUUGAUCGCGGCGAUUGCGAUUGGGGGCAGGAUAAGAGCGCCGCGGCGAGGAGCGCGCUGCUGGAGACGCUCCCGAGGAAAGCGCUCGCGCUCGCGGCGGUUUCGGCGGGCGCGGGCGCGGAGGCCGCCGCCGCCGCGAUCGCGUCUCGAGCGUCGCCCGAGCGGACGCGCGACGUCGUUCGGCGCGCGAUCGAUGCGAUCGUGUUUCGGUCGUCCGCGCGGCAGUUGAUGUCCGGGAUCCUGAGCACGAGCCCGAGGAAGUCGUUGACGUACGCGCUCGGCAAGGCGGUGAAAUCCGUCGCGUCGCGCGCGCGGUGA